CGGCGGUGGCGCGGCGGGGACGUCACUUGGGCCACGCGCGCACCGUGGUGGCCCCGGCGCUGUCCCCGCUGUCCCCGCUGUCCCCUUGUCCCCGCAUCCAGCAGCUGGACGGGGCCGACGACGGCGCCCGGGGGACAGCGGGGACAGAGGGGACAGAGGGGACAGAGGGGACAGGGCCACCCCCCCCCGGCGUGCCACCGACCCCCGAGGGGCUGCCACCCGACAUCGUGGACUUCGUGCUGCGCGGUGUCACCAGCAACGGGGACACCCACGGGGACACGGCCACCAACGGGGACAGGGACACCCACGGGGACAGGGACACCAACGGGGACACGGCCACCAACGGGGACAGGGACACCCACGGGGACACGGCUGCCACCAGCAACGGGGACACGGCUGCCACCAACGGGGACAGGGACACCAACGGCGCCUGGCAGGGACAGCGGCUUGGGGACAUCGCCGAGAGCCACCAGCUUGGGGACAUUGAUCAAAGCCACCGGCUUGGGGACAUCACUCAGGGCCACCAGCUUGGGGACAUUGUUGAGAGCCACCAGCCUGGGGACAUUGAUCAAAGCCACCGGCUUGGGGACAUCGGUCAAAGCCACCAGCUUGGGGACAUUGGUCAAGGCCACCAGCUUGGGGACAUCAGGCAGGGACAGCGGCUUGGGGACAUCGGUCAAGGCCACCAGCUUGGGGACAUCAGUCAAAGCCACCAGCUUGGGGACAUCGCUCAGGGCCACCAGCUUGGAAACGCCCAAGGCCACCGCCUUGGGGACAUCGGCCAAGGCCACCGCCUCGGGGACGUGUCCCAGGGCCACCACCACGUCAGGAACGCGCAGGGCCACCACCUCGGGGACAUUGAUCAAAGCCACCAGCCUGGGGACAUCGCUCAGGGCCACCGGCUCGGUGCCACCGCCCCCAACGGCCAUGGGGACGCCUUGGGGACACCUUGGGGACAUCCCAAGCGGCCGGGGGAGGGGACGGAGCCGGGGACGAAGAGGCCACGGCUGGAGCUGGACACGGGGGACAGCGG